GUGCGUGAGAGUGGAGGAAGCUCAAGGGGGAUACAUCAUUUCUUUCCCUUGCUCUCCAGUCUCCAUCAUCCUCUUCUACCAUCGUUUUGAUUUUCUUUUUAUUUUACAGUUUUCUGUUUCCGUUCCUUCGUUUUUCCUCAAAUCAGGGUUAAAAGAAAAGGGGCAGGACCCACCCUGGAUUAUAAAUAUUUUAGCUCCCUUGCAUGCAUCAGUGGCUCCAUACAUUCAGUCCGAUCGUCCUGCGACAUGAAAGCCAUAAAAGCUUCGUAUUCCGCCAUGUGGGAGCUUCAUGUAAUCUUUAAAUGAUGAAGAGUUACCUCAAAGUUUUAAUAAACUCCACAUCCGCCAAGUGGCGACCAGUGGUUGGGACGAAUCCUUUGAGGCCCAUCUGAGAAGGAAAGGAAAGGACAGGCUAUUAAUAUAGUGUUGACGCUAUGAAAGUGAUGAUAUGGAAUAGAAGUCUGACAGGCAGUUGAUCUCUUAGAUUGUCUUGCCACAGAAGACUUUCCAGCAGGUCUUGAGAUCUAGAUGCAGAAGAGAAGGGAAAAAGCAAAUCGCUAGCGUGACGUAAUAAAUCUGUCCGCUGCUGUCCAUGGCUUUGGAUGUGAAGUCUCCAGGCGACGACGAAUGCUUGGAGAAAGGGGUGAGGCAUCUCUGUGAACUUGGAGUAACGAGGGUCCCCCGCAAGUAUGUAUUGCCUGCAGCAGAGCGCCCUUCACUUGGUUCUGGUGCUGCCAGAGUGCAGAGUCACCUGGAAGAUAUAAGUGCCGGAAGGGUCGCCAUUAACCUUCCCAUUGUCGAUCUCGCGGAGCUGGAAGGACCAAACAGGGAGAAUGCCCUCAAGUCCCUGGCAGCCGCGUGCUCAGAGCACGGCUUUUUCCAGCUGAUUAACCAUGGGAUCCCGGACGAACUGAUAGGGGCCAUGAUUGAUGUGUCCCGGCGAUUUUUCGAGCUGCCCUUCAGCGAGAGGUCGAGGUACAUGACAUCAGAAAUAACAACACCAGUAAGGUAUGGCACGAGCUUUAACCAAAGGAGCGAUGGAGUGUAUUGCUGGAGAGACUUUCUCAAGCUUGGCUGCCAUCCCUUGCGUCAGUACUUGCCUUUCUGGCCUUGUUCCCCAAUUGAUUUAAGGGAGGCUGUGGGAUCAUACGCGAAGCACACGAGAAGCUUGUUUCUUAAAUUGGCGGGCAGCAUCGUAGAGAGUUUAGGAAUAUCUCCGUCGUCGUCAUCUUCUUCGUGGGGAGAGAUCAUGAGAGAGCUGCAGGAGGGAAGUCAGCUCCUGGUCAUGAACUGCUACCCCAGCUGCCCGCAGCCGGAGCUGACGCUAGGGAUGCCGCCUCACUCCGACUACGGCUUUCUUACUCUCCUGCUGCAAGACGGCGUCGCUGGCCUCCAAGUGCAGCAGCAGGGCAGAUGGGUAGACGUCCAGCCCUUUAAAGGCUCCUUCGUCGUUAAUGUUGGUGACCAUUUAGAGAUCUUCAGCAAUGGCAAGUACAAGAGCGUACUGCACCGGGUGGUCGUGAACUCAAGUAUGUCCCGCAUCUCGGCGGCCUCCCUUCAUAGCCUGCCGUUCUCGAGCGCGGUCCGGCCGGCUCCGGAGUUGGUUGAUGAGCAGCAUCCUCGGAUGUUCAAGGACACCGACUUCUCUACCUUUCUCAACUACCUCAACUCUUGUGAAGCCAAGUCCAAAAACUUUCUCGAGUCAAGAAAGCUCGUCUCUUAGGCAUAAGACUACAUUUACUUCAGAUAGGAUUGAGCACUGGAAUCAAGUAGCCUGAUCGAGUACUUUUGUAUAAAAAUGUAGUGCUUGGUGGGUCUUGUAGUACUUGAUACACCCAUGCACACAUUACUUAUCACAUUGUAAUUGAAAGAAAAGGUAAUAGAACUGACAAUUCCGGCCCACAAGUGAGAGAUUCUCUCAAAGAUUAUUUUGAAAGAGACUAGAUUGUUUGAAAAAUGAAAGGAAAAGAACAAGUCUUGUGUCUCCGUCCAUCGUCGUCGCCAUCAAUAUUGUCAGUUGGUGGACGAGGGCCUGAAAUUGCUGGGCUAUCCGUUUCAGUCGAUCGCCAACGGACGCUUUGAAAGGAGCCGUUCCUCUUCAAUUUCUUGCCAACGGGCCCAGCUUUUAAUGGGUCAUUGUCUGGGAAUCUCAUGAUCAUAAACGCUAAUUCAAAACCAAGCUUUCCGGAGUACUUAUGUCAUGUGGGCGCC